CUUCACUCUACUAUAAGAGGAGACAGCAUGGAGGCACAGAAACACAUCCUCUGCAGGACACUUCCUCUGGACAAUCACACAGGUAACCACAGAGAUGAAGAUGCUGUUUGGCUACUCUACCUGCUUCCUCCUCUUCUUCCUCCUCGGCUGUCUAAGUGAACCUGUAGACAGCCGUACUCUGCAUGUGGACAGCUGCUCUUUCAAUGUUCACACUCAUGAACUGCGCAAAUAUUACUCUGACAUAAGAUCACAUGCAAUUUCAGGAGACACAGAGAUCGGAGUGAAACUUCUGGAUAGAUCUUUGAUGAAACAUGUUCAGGAUGGUCAGACUUGCUGCUUCUUGCGUCUUCUGCUGCGUUUCUAUUUAGAGAGAGUGUUCAGCAACUACUCCUCCCCUCAGGCACAUCACCAACGCUGCUCCAGCGCUCUGGCAAAUGCUUUUGUCAGCAUCAGAAGAGAUAUGCAUAAAUGUCACUGCCACUGUGGGGAAGAAACCCAGAGAACCUUCGACUCUGUGCACGCUGAGUUCAUCAAGCUACAGACUCAGCAGGCGGCCCAGAAGGCCGUGGGAGAACUGGACACUGUGCUGGAUUGGCUGGAGGGGCUGAGAUAGAAAGGAUAAAUCAAACACCGUUGACCUUCUUUCGACAUGGACACCACUGACUUUUCAUUUCCCAUUGGUGCUAGUUUGCAGUUUGAUUUUUAUACUUGAAAUUAACUUAAAACUGAUAUUCAAUAUCAACCUAUUAGCUUAUUAUCUAGAAUAUAUUUAAUGAACUGUAGCAGUGUGUGCCUCAAUGAGAAACAGAAAGCUGUUAUAGACCU